UACCUGAAGUCCAAUGAUAUAUCCUACAAAUACCAGUUCCAAAUAUGUAUGCUUCCCAUAAGCAAAUAAUUGGUCACAAUUGAGGAUUACUGAUCAUAAGAUAUGAUACUCUUUUAGUUAUCUUGGAGAUAGCUUUUUCUUUUCUUGAGUGCAGAUUCUACUCUCCUUCCUAAAUUUUACUCAUCUUUCCACUAAAUUGGAGCGCACACUCCCUUUUUUUGUUUCUUUAUGAAGGGCUUUUGACGGUUUUCACAUUUAGUUGGUAAGCUCGUGUGGAUUCCACAAGCCUUGAAUUGUUAUUGUAAUCAAUCAAUUUUUCCAACUUCAGUUAGUAGUAUUGAGAAAUCUAUUUCUUGGAACACUUUAUUUGGAUAUCAUAAUCAUGGCUUUGCGGGUAGGACUCUAUCUUUACUUUAUUCACAACUUACACAUCUAUCAUUAUUCACAUAUACUACUUGUAUAUAUAUAUAUCCUACAAGGAAGAGGGGACUCUAUCUUCCACAACCAAUUGGCCGGUAUUAUUGGUCAUUGUCUUCAUUCAGUUCAUCUCAUCAUAUAUACUACAAAGUACAGUAUUUUCUGUCCUGCUUUUACCAUCAUGACUGCAAGAAAUGACGUGUGCAUUGGGGUAAAUGAUCGAGUGGCUACAGCUGAAGAGUUUGACUACUCUCAAAGAGGACAGUGGCUGCGUGCUGCUGUUCUCGGAGCCACUGAUGGUUUAAUUUCUGUUGCAUCUUUAAUGAUGGGUGUUGGAGCUGUUAAACAAGAUGUUAGAGCCAUGAUUCUUACGGGUUUUGCUGGUUUAGUAGCUGGGGCAUGCAGCAUGGCGAUUGGUGAAUUUGUUUCAGUCUAUUCCCAACGAGAUGUAGAGGCGGCCCAGAUGAAAAGAGAAAACAGACUUAGCGAAAGUACUGGGGAAAGUGGGAAAGAGGCACUGCCGAAUCCCAUUCAAGCUGCUGCAGCAUCUGCCUUCGCAUUUAUGUUAGGGGCCAUCAUGCCGUUGCUUGCUGCUGCGUUCAUAGUAGACCACAAGGUCAGAUUGGGUGUGGUAGUAGCCACAGUGACCUUGGCGCUUGUGUUUUUUGGGUGGAUCGGAGCUUUUUUAGGAAGGAGUCCUGCUGUGAAGUCAUGUUUCAGGAUCGUCAUUGGAGGAUGGAUGGCUAUGGCCAUUACUUUUGGAUUGACCAGGUGGAUAGGCUCUACUGGACUAUAGAGUCACACUAGAUUUUACUUUACCCAUUUACUAUAGCAUGACUAUCCUUGUUCCCUCUGAGUGCUUCAUACUGCUGAUCUAAGGUCUCGUCUCAAGUUAAAGAAAGAAAUAUCUCAUGCCUCCUAUCAUCCCAUAUGUAAACUUUUUCCUUUUGUUUGUAACAAAGGUGUUUAAUUGGUGUUCUGAGUAGAAGUAUAUAUGUAUAACUUGUAAACUGUAUCUUGUAUAUUAAUACAACAAAAUAUAAUUACUGUCAAA